AGGAAAUGCACCUUCCUACUAGCUCAUAUAGAGCAGGCUAGCUCGUUCUCUCCUAUUUCAACUCGCAAUUCGCUUAAUACUACUUUCUGCUCUAAGGAAAUCAAGGGACUAGUAAUCUCUAUGAUUUCUCUUUCCUCAAAGAAUAAUAUUAUAGUUAAUACUACUCCCGAAUUCAACUCUGACUUUCUGGUUCAAAAUCAAGCUAUUAUAAAGGGAAUACUUCCCUUAUAUAAAGUUAUUAUCUAUAGUCUACCUAUUCGUAAGUUCAAUAUACCCGAAGAAAUGAACUUAGUCCUAGAAGAAAUCAAGACCUUUAAUAAGGGACUAGAGCCUAUUAGCUAG